CUAGCUUUGGCUUAGAGGAUUGUAGAAUUGAAGUUUUUGUGGCUGAGGUUUGAAGUUUGCUUCGCUCUUACCUUUUGGAAGUCUGUUGAUUAUUCUUCAACAGGAAGAAGUCACUGGGACCUUCGACAUAUUGUUAAUAUGUUUUCUGGGAUAAAGAUCAUACCUCGUGAUGAAGUGGUUGAUGAUAGUUCGGAGGGGGAAAAUGAUAAAUCUAAAGGUGGGAAGGAUAGAAGAAGAAAGAACAAGGACGUUGAUAGAAAGGAGCGUAGGGGAGAAGGAAGUAAGAGAGAUGGGAAGAAGAUUGCCAAGAGUGGAGAUGGGGAGACCGUUCAUGAUGACUUUCUUGAAGGGGAUAUAGUUAGAAAGAAAAUUGGUCUCGAUUGGAUGCUGCCGCCAACCCGAAAGGCUGAUCCAAACCCUGCUUCAGAUGUAGAGGAUAAAUUCGAAGAAAGUGCACCUGAGGUAACUAAAGUGAACCCAAGGGAACUAAAUCCUUAUUUGAAAGAAAAUGGAACCGGUUAUCCAGAGGAAGAAUCUGAGAAAAAACAUGGUAAAGACCAGCUUUUACCAUCUUCGGUUGUUGGGGAUGGGGGUGCGAGUUGGAGAAUGAAAGCACUCAAGCGUGCAAAGGAACAGGCUGCGAGAGAAGGGCAAAAGCUUGAGGAAGUUGCUGGCGAACGAUGGGGUUCUCUUGGUAACCUUGUUGAGUCUGUGGCAUCUCAAAGAGCGGCUCCAUCUCGUGCCCAUUUGAAUGCCAUAAAUAAUAGAAGAAGAGGGGAAAAUGAAAAGAAUGAUACAGAAAAAAAACCAGAAAGAAUUUCUGAGAAGGGUAAUAAUCGGGAGUAUUUGAAAGGUGACUCGUUGAACCAUCGUGUAUUGAGAGCCCCCAAAACUGACCCUUCAUUAUCCUGGGGAAAGAGAAAGAGCCAAACUCAUAGAAACGAAGACUCGAGGCUAAUAUCUGAAGCUGCAGCUCACUUGAAUAAGUUUUCCAAUGACGGAAAUUUCAUGAAGGAAAUGCUUUCUAAGCAGAAGAAUGUAUCAGUGUCUCCCGUAGAGACUCGUGAAGAUCACAGAAAUGAUGUGGAGCAGAAAGCAUUACCGUCAGAGACCAAUAAGGAUGGUGAAGGGAUUCUUCCGAGUAUGGAAACUUUAAGUGUGAAUAAACUGGCUGCUAAAGCCUUCCAGCUCCGUAUGAAAGGGAAACAUGAAGAAGCCCAGAAACUUAUGGAAGAAGCAGAGAGGCUGAAAGCAGAACAAGCUGGUGGAGACGAUUCAUCCAAAGACCACUCCAUCAGAACCGCAGUGAGAUAUCCUGUCAAAGAUAUAUCGGGUAGAAGGAAGAAUGAAGAUGAUAAUACGGAUAUGCAUCUAGCCAAGAGCAUAAUGCAGAACAAACAGUACAAAACAUCUAAUCAAGCUGCUGAUGAUGAGUAUGAAUAUGGAGACGCUCCAAGCAAAAAGUCCCGGAAGCGGGAAUCGUCCAGUAACAUUCCUGAAAAGGACAACCGUGUGAAACGUAUUAUGACCCAGCAAGAACGCUGUCUCUUUUGUUUUGAGAACCCAAAGCGGCCGAAACACUUAGUUGUGUCCAUUGCCAACUUCACCUAUCUGAUGUUACCACAACAUCAGCCCCUUGUCCCAGGCCAUUGCUGUAUCUUGCCAAUGCAGCACGAGGCAGCCAGCAGAAGUGUUGACGACAAUGUUUGGGACGAAAUUCGUAAUUUCAAGAAGUGUCUUAUAAUGAUGUAUGCAAAAGAAGGAAAAGACGCAGUGUUUCUGGAGACAGUGAUAGGUUUGUCUCAGCAACGUCGCCACUGUUUGAUCGAGUGUAUCCCAAUCCCCCAAGAGAUAGCAAAAGAAGGUCCUUUAUACUUCAAGAAGGCGAUCGAUGAAGCGGAAAGUGAAUGGAGUCAGCACAAUGCAAAGAAGCUCAUAGACACUAGCGUAAAGGGUCUGAGAAACUCUAUACCCAAGAAUUUCCCUUACUUCCAUGUUGAGUUUGGUCUAGACAAAGGGUUUGUUCACGUGAUUGAUGAUGAACAACAGUUCAAUAGCAAUCUUGGACUAAAUGUAAUCAGAGGAAUGCUUGAGUUACCAGAAGAAGACAUGUACAGACGUAGAAGGCAGGAGUCGGUAGAGAGCCAGAAAAAGGCGGUUGUGAGCUUUGCUCGCGAAUGGGAACACUUUGAUUGGACUAAACAGCUUGAUUAGAAGAACAUCGCUCGGUAAUGUUAACUGUUUUAAAACAGAAGGAUUUGCUUGAAGAAAAGUUGCUUUGAUCCCUCCAUAAGUCAAAAGUAAGGAUAUUGGUUGUCUUUUUAUGUGUAUCUAUACCAAAAGGAUAUUGGUGCAAUUAAAAGUUGAACACAAGG